CGCCCCCUGACGCCAUUUUGCGCAGUGAGCGCCGGCUCCGGUUUCGCUCUUUCCGGAGUCUCGUCACCAGCGGAUUCUCCGUAAAUACUGCGGGAUUCUUACUCCAUCUAUCGGACCGCGCCCGAUCCCGCACCGGCAGCCGCUCCCGCACCCACCCCGGCCUCGGAUGGCGCCGGAUUGCAGCCGCUGACCCACAGCAGGACCUGAGACAGGAACAACGUGGGUGUUACUUGUCUGGUAUUCUGGACUGGAGACUGGACAGCCUGGCUCAGAAUGAGGCAGCAUCCCAGCAUGCACUGCAGCAAAUCUGGAGUCCUACGGUGGAACAGAAACAUAGCAGUAGAGAGGAGCCAUCUGGAAAAAUCAAUAUGCAGACAUCUGACAGAAUGACUGGCAGUAACCCUGUGUCUCCUGGCUCCAGUGGAGAGGUAUCCCCCUUUGACCUUUCCGGUGAAAUGGGGGACAUUGCUCCGGGCUCCCCCAUAUAUGACAUAGCUGAUGGUUCUCAGCAGGAUCCUUCAUCUGGCCAGAAAUGGGACAGUAAUGCGGAGAUGGCGGAGCAAGCCAAACAUGAAGCAGAGAUUGAAAACCGGAUUGCAGAACUGCGCAAAGAGGGCUUCUGGACUCCGCGCCGCCUCUCCAAAGUACCUGAGCCAAGUCGUCCUAAGGUCCAUUGGGACUACCUGUGUGAGGAGAUGCAGUGGCUUUCUGCAGAUUUUGGGCAAGAACGGCGUUGGAAGAGAGGGGUAGCAAGGAAGGUUGUUCGAAUGGUAGUGCGUCACCAUGAAGAGCUAAAACAGAAAGAAGAGAGGGCUCGACGGGAGGAACAAGCCAAGCUCAGGCGUAUUGCAACCUCGAUUGCAAAGGAAGUGCGCCAGUUCUGGAGUAACGUGGAGAAGGUGGUCCAGUUCAAACAGCAGUCACGUCUAGAAGAGAAACGAAAGAAAGCUCUAGAUCUGCAGCUGGAUUUCAUUGUUGGACAGACUGAGAAAUAUUCAGACCUACUGAGCCAAAGUCUUAGUGAGGCACUAACUGCAAGCAAGACCAGUUCCUCUUGUAUUGGGUCCUCCCAAGGGGGGUCUUUAGGGACCAGCCCUACUCCCUCUGUGGGUCCAAGAGAGGAUGAAGAGUUCCUUCCCCAGGAAGAGGAGGACGAGGAGGAGGAUGAUGAGGAGACCAUUGAAAUGGAAGAGCGUCAGGACGGUCAUGAUGCUGAGAGCCACAGGCUAGAAAUCGAACUGCUAAAACGGGAAAGUGAGGUUCCUUUGGAGGAGCUGCUGCAAAGUCUGGCCCCUGAAAUUGUGCAGAAACCAGUUUCCAAUCACUUGACAAAGGAAGGAGAGGAUGACGAUGAUGAAUUCACAGCAAAUGAGGAAGAAGCGGAAGAUGAGGAAGAGACUAUUGCUGCAGAGGAGGAACUGGAGGGACAGCAGGACCACGCAGAGGAACUCAGUGAACUGACUAGAGAAGGUGAGAUGUCUCUGGAAGAUCUGUUAAAGAAGUACUCUGGACCACUGAAGGAAGAGGAAAACCGGGGUGAAAGUGAGGAGAGUGAGCUGUCUGGCUCAUCCGACUGUGAAUCUUCAGACACUGAUUCUGAAGGAGUGGAGUUUCUCGUAAAGCCGGAGAAUGGUUCAGGGACUGAUCACCUGCAUCAGGAUCACCCUGAGCCCAAGAAGGAAAUAACAGAUAUUGCCGCCACAGCAGAGUCGCUACAGCCCAAAGGGUACACUCUUGCUACAACACAGGUCAAAACGACUGUUCCUUUUCUUUUGCGGGGGGAUCUUCGGGAGUACCAGCACAUUGGGCUGGAAUGGAUGGUGACCAUGUAUGAGAAGAAACUGAAUGGUAUUUUGGCAGAUGAGAUGGGUCUUGGGAAAACCAUUCAGACAAUUUCUUUGCUGGCACACCUUGCCUGUGAUAAAGGAAACUGGGGACCUCAUCUGAUUAUUGUUCCAACUAGCGUCAUCCUGAACUGGGAGAUGGAGCUGAAGCGGUGGUGUCCAAGCUUCAAGAUUCUCACUUACUAUGGCUCCCAGAAAGAACGCAAGCUUAAAAGACAGGGCUGGACGAAGGUUAACGCUUUCCAUGUCUGCAUCACCUCCUACAAGCUGGUGCUGCAAGAUCACCAGGCCUUCCGCCGGAAGAACUGGAAGUAUCUCAUUCUGGACGAGGCCCAAAACAUCAAGAACUUCAAGUCUCAGCGCUGGCAGAGCCUCCUGAACUUUAAUAGUCAGAGGCGGCUGUUGCUCACCGGGACACCUCUGCAGAACUCACUCAUGGAGCUGUGGUCUCUUAUGCACUUCCUGAUGCCUCAUGUCUUCCAGUCCCACCGUGAGUUCAAAGAAUGGUUCUCCAACCCCUUAACUGGCAUGAUUGAGGGCAGCCAGGAGUACAAUGAGGGCUUGGUUCGUCGGCUGCAUAAGGUGUUGCGGCCCUUCCUUCUGCGCAGAAUUAAGGCAGAUGUGGAAAAACAGAUGCCCAAGAAAUAUGAGCAUGUCAUCUACUGCCGACUUUCCAAGAGGCAGCGCUUUCUGUAUGACGACUUCAUGUCACAGGCUGCGACACGAGACACUCUGGCAAGUGGUCAUUUUAUGAGUGUUAUUAACAUCCUCAUGCAGCUGCGGAAGGUGUGUAAUCAUCCCAACUUGUUUGAUCCACGUCCGAUCCACUCGCCCUUCAUAACCAGCGCUAUUUGCUACAGAGUUCCAUCCUUGGUACUGCACCCUCUGCAUCUCCACCCACUCCAGCAUGUGGACAUGUCACGUUUUGAUCUGAUCAACAUGGAGGGCCACAUGAGUCGUUAUGAAAGUGAGGUUUUCUUGCCACAGAACAAGCCCACACGUUCACUCAUUCAGGAAAUUGCGGAUUCCCCCGAUCUUCCUCCGCGACCUAGGCCUCUCAAGAUGAAGGUUAACAGAAUGCUCCAGCCUGUUGCUAAACCUGAUCCACGAACUCUAGUUGUGGUGAACAAUUCUCGCACUGUGCAGAGACCUCAAGACAACCCUUCCUCCACUUCCGCUCUUAUCAUGCCUCCUGUUCCUCAAGUUCCACCACCUCUAAAUUCUAUGUCAGGAGUCAUAGGACCAAUUCAGCAGAUGGCACCAGCACAGGUGGUGGCUCCCAUGAUCCAGUCCCUUCCUGGACCAGUGCCUGUGGCUCCUUUAAAUAUUGGCAUGGUGAAACCAGUCUCAAUGCCAGCACCUCAGCCUGGAAGCAUCACCCCCCAAAGGCUCAUCCUGAGUCCAGAUAUGCAGGCAAGGUUACCCUCCGGGGAAGUUAUCACGCUCUCACAAUUGGCUUCCCUGAGUGGGCGCCCUCUUCAUGCUCCUGCGGUCACAAAGCCUCUUACUCUGCAGCUUCAUGGGGCCAAACUCACUUUGAGUGGAACUCAGGUCCGACAGCUAGGGGUGGGUCAGACCCGACCGCUGCAAGGUAAUGUACUCCACCUUGUAUCAUCUGGAGGUCAGCACCACUUGUUAAGCCAGCCUGCCCAACUCGCCCUGAUACAGGCUUUGGCACAGCAGACUGCCACACCAGCCCAGUCUGUUCCUUCUGCUGCUUUGGCGCCAGGCAGUGGCCAAGCCCAGCUUGGUGUUCAGACCGUUUCCUUGCAGUCAGUUCCACACACGCUCCUUGCUGCUGCCAACCUCCCUGCACCUACCGCACCUGGACAAGGUGUGGUAAAGAUCUUGGUGAGACAGGCCCCACGAGAAACUCCAAUGUCUUCACCCCGUCCUACUCUUGGUUCCCCGUUACAUUUGCCUCAAAACUCAACUCGUCCACUUUUACGUGUCCUGCCAAGCACGCUUUCAGACAAUGCCAACCCUAGAGCUGGGACUGGGGAAAGAUCAGCCCUUCCUGUUUUUUCUACUGCAGCUUGUGCGGUUGCUACAUCUUCCAUCACAUUAGCCGCAAGCCCACUUCUUAUGGUCUCCAGUCCUACACUGACUUCAAGACUCCCAGCCCCAAACCCUGUUCCCAGCCUUCAUAACCACAAUGUACCAAUCAAUGCAGAGGGCUCCCCAGGUGUUUCUGGUGUGGCACUUCGGCUACUUGCUAGUGGAACUUCAGCUACCCUCCAGCUCACCAACCAUCACUCGUCACCACCAAGACAUUCUCAGAGUCCUGCCCUCCAAAGCUGCCCAGCACAAAGCCCAAUCUUUACCAACUGCUCUCCUUGUCCAGUACAGAUACCUGGCUUUGCUAAUUGUUCCCCUGGCCAAAUUGUAUCUUCUGAAUCUAAGACAUGUGCUGUCUUGCAAAAGGUUUCUCUGUCAGACACAGGUUCUAACAGCCAGGGCCUGUCCUUAUCCACAGUCUCUAAUGGCAAUGGAUUUGGGCAAAAUAAAGCUCAAGAGCAUAAAGAUUCUCUUAUCCCCCAAACUCUAACUCAGCCAAUGUCCUCUCAGUGUGCUUCUGGCCCAACCACAGACCAUAUCCAGUUUGUCAGUAGCCUUAACCCAACCCCUGCCUCACCCCCCGCCCAUUGCAAUUCUAACCAUGCCCCAGCAAUUCCCAAACUGGCCCCUUCCAGUUACAACAUUAAUCUAGUUCCUGCCCUUCUCACAAACUCUUCUCCUUCCACCGUCUCCAGUUAUAGCCCUGUCCCUGCACGCUUCCUCACUAGCCCUGUGUCUCUCCUAGCCCUUUCUCCUUUACCCUCUACCAAUAGUAGCACUGCUCCCAUCUUGUACACACAUGCCAAUGCAAACACACUUUCCUCUCUUGGUGCAUCUGCAGUGAGUCACCAAACAACCAUUCCUUUGCCCACAAUUCAGACAUCUGCUUCUCUGCCCUUGCUGUCAACUUCUAUUCCUCUGGCUUCUCCUGUACCUCCUCUUUCUGCCAUGACUUCCCAGGCACCUGGCCCCACUCCUCCUCCUUCUGCCCCGGCACCUGGCCGCCGCCCUCCUGCCCCGGCACCUGGCCGCCCUCCUCCUCCUUCAGCCCCGGCACCUGGCUGCCCUCCUCCUCCUUCAGCCCCGGCACCUGGCCGCCCUCCUCCUCCUUCAGCCCCGGCACCUGGCCGCCCUCCUCCUCCUUCAGCCCCGGCACCUGGCCGCCCUCCUCCUCCUUCAGCCCCGGCACCUGGCCGCCCUCCUCCACCUUCUGCCCCGGCACCUGGCCGCCCUCCUCCUCCUUCUGCCCCGGCACCUGGCCGCCCUCCUCCCCUUUCUGCCCCGGCACCUGGCCCAGCUCCUCCUCCCCUUUCUGCCCCGGCACCUGGCCCAGCUCCUCCUCCCCUUUCUGCCCCGGCACCUGGCCCAGCUCCUCCUCCCCUUUCUGCCCCGGCACCUGGCCCAGCUCCUCCUUCCCUUUCUGCCCCGGCACCUGGCCCAGCUCCUCCUCCUCCUUCAGGCCCAGCACCUGGCCCAGCUCCUCCUCCUCCUCCUUCAGGCCCAGCACCUGGCCCAGCUCCUCCUCCUUCAGGCCCAGCACCUGGCCCAGCUCCUCCUCCUUCAGGCCCAGCACCUGGCCCAGCUCCUGGCCCAGCUCCUCCUCCUCCUCCUUCAGGCCCAGCACCUGGCCCAGCUCCUCCUCCUCCUCCUUCAGGCCCAGCACCUGGCCCAGCUCCUCCUCCUUCAGGCCCAGCACCUGGCCCAGCUCCUCCUCCUUCAGGCCCAGCACCUGGCCCAGCUCCUCCUCCUCCUCCUUCAGGCCCAGCACCUGGCCCAGCUCCUCCUUCAGGCCCAGCUCCUCCUUCUGGCCCAGCUCCUCUUCCUCCUUCAGGCCCGGCACCUGGCCCAGCUCCUCUUCCUCCUUCAGGCCCGGCACCUGGCCCAGCUCCUCUACCUCCUUCAGGCUCAGCACCUGGCCCAGCUCCUCUUCCUCCUUCUGCCCCGGCACCUGGCCCAGCCCCUCCUCCUCCCUCUGGCCCGGCCCCUCCUCCUCCCUCUGGCCCGGCCCCUCCUCCUCCCUCUGGCCCAGCCCCUCCUCCUCCCUCUGGCCCGGCCCCUCCUCCUCCCUCUGGCCCGGCCCCUCCUCCUCCCUCUGGCCCGGCCCCUCCUCCUCCCUAUGGCCCGGCCCCUCCUCCUCCCUCUGCCUCUGCCCCGGCACCUGGGCCGGCUCCUCCUCCUCCUCCCUCUGCCCCGGCACAUGGGCCGGCUCCUCCUACUCCUCCCUCUUCCCCGGCACCUGGCCCGGCUCCUCCUCCCUCUGGCCCGGCUGCUGCUCCUCCCUCUGCCCCGGCACCUGGCCCGGCUGCUGCUCCUCCCUCUGCCCCGGCACCUCCUCCAGCUCCCCCUCCCUCUGCCCCGGCCCCUGGCCCUGCUCCUCCUCCUCCCUCUGGCUGCCCUCCUCCCUCUGCCCCGGCCCCUGGCCCUGCUCCUCCUCCUCCCUCUGGCUGCCCUCCUCCCUCUGUCCCGGCCCCUGGCUGCCCUCAUCUGCCUUCCCCGGCUACUCCAACCUCUGCUCCUCUUCCUGUUCUGGCUGUUUCUUCUCCCACAACUGCUUUUGGAGGCACUGUCCCAGUGACCACACAAACCGCUUCUGUUCCUGCCUCUGUGGCUGCAUUGGCAACUCAUGCCCCUUCCUCCUUGCCAUCUAUUCAGCCCCUUCUUGCGCAUGCUCCUGCCCCCCUGGCCGCUCCUGUAUCUGCUUUGACCUCUCCUCCCUCUGGGCCUGUGGCCGCCCUGGCCGCACUGACUCCUACCCUUGAUACCAAUCUGGCUGCUCUGGGAACUCAAGUUUCCGCUCCCCUAGCUGUGCUUACAUCUCCCACACCACUGCAAACCAUGGCAGGUUCCAUAUCUGUUCCUUUCUCUUUACUUGCUGCUUCGGUGUCUGAGACUCUGCCUUCCCUGGUUUUGUCAACCCAGUUACCUCUAGUAACCACCUCAGGAACAGAGCCUGUGCCAUCUUUUUCAGCUAGUGCUGCUCUGCUCCCAUCAGUGGCAGCUGCUGCGUCACUUCCCUUGAUAACUUGUUCAGAUAUGAAUGCUCUUCCAUCUGUCCCCAUGCUUUCUACUAGCCUCCCUUCAUCUGUCUCAUUACCUGUGCUGGCUGUAAAGAGUACAUCGAAUGUCCUAGCACGUGGCCCUGUCCCUCAAACCUCUACACAAGCUUCCCAUUCUUCACUUCUCUCCUGCCCCUCUCCAUCUUCAUCCUCUGUAUCUGGUUCCUUUCCUGCAACUUGGACAGCUGGCUCCUCCGCAAGGGCAAUUACUUGUCUGCCAUCUCCUUCUGUCACCAUAUCUACCCGGCUGCCUUCUGCAGUCUCAUCACUAACUCAUCUCCCAAUGUUAGCAGCUUCUGCCCACUUACCCUCAGUGGUGUCUUCUACCCCUGCAUCUGCCUCCUUGCCGGUUUUGUCAUCCCCCGAACACGUUACCCUUCCCUUGCUGGCUUCUCCGGCAUCUAACUUACUGCCUUCACUUGACUUUCCUGUGAGUACAACUCGGAGUGCUCCUGUGAACCCCUUAGCUACUACCCACUCUUUAAUCACAUCUCCUUUAGUUUGUCCAUCAUCACAAGCCCCAUCUUCUGUACCGCUCUCAUCAGUCCCUUCAUCCUCUUCUGCUCCUGUGUCCACUCUGUCUUUUUGUAUCUCUAGCACAGUGUCUUCCCCCUUGUCCAAUUUUAAUGACUCUAUUUCUGCCCCAGUUUCUGACUCCAUUCCACCUAUGGCUUCUGCUACUCCUACUAGUGUGCCCAGUACACCUAUGAUAGGCCCAGAUCCCCCUUUGUCUCUAUCAGUUGCUGGCCCCCCGUCAGUCAGCGUUACUCUAAGCACAGCUACAGAGUCUGAUAUGCUGCUGGACGGGGAUGGCCUCCGCUCCACACAUCCCUCUAUGGUAUCGGGCUCGUCAAGGCCCAGAAGACAGCCACCACCUCCACCACGAUCACCAUUUUAUCUGGAACCGUUAGAAGAGCGGAGACGUAAACACAAAGUGGAACGGCUGGAGAGGAUCUUCCGCCUAAAUGAGCAGCGUUGUGGGCUUACUCCAGUUUAUGGCACAGAGGUCAUACAGUUCUGCACCCUCUCUGAUAAAGCCACCAUUGCAUGGCCCAAUUCAUGUCCUCUUGCUCCAAAUCUACAGGAUUACUGGCUCCAGACCAAUGCUUUCAAAAACUGCAUCUUUACCCCACAGCAACGCCUGGAGCAGCUAGGCCCACUUAUAGAGCGAUUUAUCUUUGCAAUGCCUCCUGUGGAGGCCCCACCAAUCAAUAUGCACACCUCGCACCCUCCUCCAUCGCUUCUUCUACAAGAGUCUCUUUUCAAGGAGACGCUAAGCAGGGAUCUGAGGCCGCACACUCGCUCUCUGCACCGCAUUGUUUCCAACAUGAGGACACAGUUUCCUGAUCUGCGACUUAUUCAGUAUGACUGUGGAAAGCUGCAGACCUUGGACCGAUUGCUACGGCAGUUAAAAUCUGGAGGACAUCGGGUUUUGAUCUUUACUCAGAUGACACGCAUGUUGGACAUUUUGGAGCAAUUCCUCAACUACCACGGGCACAUUUACCUGCGACUGGAUGGAUCAACUCGUGUGGAACAGAGACAGGUCCUGAUGGAGCGUUUUAACAUGGAUAAGCGCAUCUUCUGCUUCAUUCUGUCCACUCGCAGCGGAGGAGUUGGAGUCAAUCUCACUGGGGCUGAUACGGUUAUCUUCUAUGACAGUGAUUGGAACCCAACCAUGGAUGCACAGGCGCAGGAUCGAUGCCACCGUAUUGGACAGACUCGUGAUGUGCACAUAUACAGGCUGGUGAGUGAACGCACAGUGGAGGAAAACAUUCUGAAAAAAGCUCAGCAGAAGCGCAUGCUUGGAGACAUGGCCAUUGAAGGCGGAAACUUCACUACUGCAUACUUCAAACAGCAAACAAUCCGUGAGCUGUUUGAGAUGGAAGACGUUUCACGCAGAGAGGUGGAGACUCGAGCCGCAUCUCCUGACCAAAAUCUAGAAGAUGGCACCGCCAGCCGAGACUCUCACAUCCUGGAGCAGGCUUUGUGCGGAGCUGAAGAUGAGGAAGACACAUUGGCUGCUUCUCUUGUUCGUGCAGAGCAAGUGGCAGAUCUAGCAGAAUUUAAUGAAAAUGCUCCAUUAGAGCCAGAAGAGGAGGAACAAAGCCGAGCUGAGCAGGAGAUAUCUGCUUUGGUUGAGCAGCUUACUCCCAUUGAACGUUACGCUAUGUAUUUUUUGGAGGCUUCGCUGGAAGAUGUUAGCAGAGAAGAACUAAAGCAGGCUGAGGAGCAAGUAGAAGCUGCUCGCAAGGAUCUGUUUCUGGCCAAGGAUGAUGUUGGACAGUGUGAAGAGCGUUGGGAAGAGGAAUGCAGAAAAAUUCGGAAGGCUCGGCCCACUCCUCCAACCAGAUCUCCAGGAGAGCGCAUUGCUGUCCGUAUGAGUGAGAGAUUGCGUGGAGGUAGAGCUAAUGAAGGUGCAGACAUUGACAACCUAGCAGUGCCUGAGAAUGCAACUUUAGUUGAAACUGCCACUCCAGUUGAAGAGACUGCCAUCCCAGUUCAAGAGACAUUACAAGACCAGCAGUCACUAGAGCAUCUGACAAAGUUACCCAUAACAGAUCUGCUGGACAGGAAUCACAGCGCAAAACCUGAUGACGAUAUUCCUGUCCUUCCAGCACAUACAAUAUCCUCUUCAGCACCUCUGGCAACUCCUCCACAGGAGAUCCUAGAACAAGGAGAGUUUUCUAAUCAAGAGGAGUUUGAUGAGGUGACUGUACAUGUCGAUGAUGAAAAGCUGCCUGUGCCAAAAACGGAUACUUCCUUGAGUAGUCCUUCCACAUGUGCAUCACAAGAAGAGGAAAAUAGUGCGCCACGUACUCCACGGAGGAAAGUGACUGCAGACUGUGAGAUCCUUUUGUCUGGGGUUGGAGAUAGCUCCCCUACUGCUAAAGUGCUCAGACGAUUGCCAGGACGUCUGAUUACUGUAGUACAAGACCGGCCUCUUGUCCACCGACGGAGUCGGAGAAGACAGAGUUCUACAACAGAGAAGGGAUCUCAGAGUCCACACACAUCUGAUCAUCAAAGCCCUACACGUGGCCUCCAGUCAGAUGAAAACUCAGAGACUGGAAUUCCCCCACCAAAGAGGAAAAGAGGGAGACCCCCUAAGAUCAGAACAGACCAUUCCCCUCCUGGAAUUUCUCGUGAUAUGCUCCCUGUGAUAUCAUCUCCUGAGCUAGGAAACUCUCCUUUGUGUACCAGAGUUCCCGGCAGUUCUAGUUCAUGCUCUAGAUUUAACUCAGAAAGUGAAAGUAGUUCCCCUGCUGAGAAGAGAAAAAGGGGGCGCCCUCCUAAAAGAAGGGAAAGCAAAGGCACUUCUCAAUUUACUAUUUCAUCAGACAUUCGUUCCCCCUCAGACACUACACAAGACAAUCCCACCUUAAACAUCAUUCACAGUAGACUUGAUCCAAAAGCUGAUCCUGAGUUUAUGACAUCUGUAGCGCGUGAUCCAAUCAUUCCCAGUACUGUUUCUGACAUUCCUCAGGUGGGUGGUUGUGUAGAGGGUGCAAGCAGCAGUGGUGUGGAUGAUCCCCUCACUCCUCCAAAGCGUAAACGUGGCCGCCCACCCAAGUCCCUGGCAAUGUCCUGCCCUUCAUUGCACAAUGAAAAAGUGGACAGUUCUCCAGAGAGGUCCCCCAGCCCACAAAUCACAAGAACUCCAUUCCGGAGAAAGAAGAAACCAACGAAGACUAUAACACAGGAGGAGCGGAGGCGUUCUUCUCCCACUCCUGACACAGAUGACUCUUCAGGAGAAGAGGAAACUCCCAUUAGGACUCCCUUUACCCGCAGUGCCUGUACACGGCUACAGCCCAAUCAGGUGCCGCUUGAAACCACUCCAGCCACUGGCUCUGCUUCCAAACCACCACGAGGACGUUCUCUUCGAGCUGUCCCAAUUUUAGAUAAGCCUUCCACUAAAAGGCGGAAGGCCCCAAGUGUGAGCUCCCCAAGCCCCCCCUCUUCUCCCCAGUGCAGCUCAAGUGAAAGGCAGGUCACAGGGAGCAGAAAGCGUCAUUGUCCUCCUGCAGAACGCAUUCUGCGCAGCUCUCUCACAGCAAACCCAGCAAGUAACACUCGCUCCUCACGUCCCACUCCCCAGCUUCCUAUUUCUCCUGGCAGCCACAGAGGCAGGAAGGCAAAGACGUGAGUGAACAAUGUUUGUCAGCUGGCUGUGUUUCACCCCAUGUGGGGAACCGCCUCUUACAGUGACUAAAGAGGCGUGAGAAACUCUUACUGGCUGUCCCAAGAGCACUGAAACUGCCCCUGGUAGAGGUUGGGGCAGGCUCUCUGUGGAGAGUGCUCUGCAGGACCACAGCCCCUUCUCUGAGAAAUAACCACAAUCUAUGCAAAGAGGAUGGAGCAAGCCUAAAAUCUGAUUUUUAGAGGGGCUUUCUGGUGGUCCGUGCCAGAUAGGGAGUUGCAGGUAUUUUGGGAUGUUGGGCCCUGUAGUAUUAGAAAGCUGCAGGCCCCUGGAUCUGUUGUUGGCAUGUCAGGGGUCUCUGGAUCUGCAGUCUCACGUCUCAGCACAUAGAGCCCUGAGUCUUUGGAUCUUGAUCUUUCUACACAAGUCCUUGUAAUUCUCUUUCAUGAAAAUAAAGUGUUCGGUAAAAUGUG